AUGCUGAAAGUAUGUUAUAUGAAUGUAUUUGAAAAUCAUCUGCAUAGUCUAACAACAUUGUUGAAUGAACAUGGUGAAUCUCUGGAAAUAUAUCAGACACAUGUCGGAUCCGUAGGAAGUUGGGCAUGGGAAGCAGGAAUUGCCUUAUGCUUUUAUUUAUAUGAUCAUAUGUUCCACGAGAUGAAAGAUAGACAUAUUAUUGAAAUUGGAGCUGGUACGGGUCUCGUAGGAUUACAAGUGUGUGCUCUUGGUGCGCAUACGACAUUAACAGAUCGUGAAGAAUACGUUGAUUUAAUGAAUUAUAACAUUAAUAAAAAUCGUCAUCUGUUAACGGGGACAGUGGAAGCUCAAAUGCUCUUCUGGGGCGACGCAAGAUUAAACGAAAAAGAAUAUGACUAUAUCAUUGCUGCCAAUUGUGUUUAUCAUAGUAUAGAUCUAGAUUCGCUAAUUCAAACAAUCUGUCAGCUCACUACGACGAAUAAAACACAACUAAUUUGCUGUUAUGAACUGAGAAACGAUGGUAUUCGACAACUAGUUAAUGAAUUUCAUGAAAAAUUAAAGCAAGACAAAUUUCAUAUUGAAUACGUUGAACAUGAAAUGUUAAGAAAAGAUUAUCAAAACGAUUAUAAUUGUAUUGUCAAAUGUAAACGACUUUAA